AAAAAGCCACCCGAGAUGAAAGGCGCCCAUCUCCUAGAGCCCCGAGCCCUGCGGCGCACGCCAAGGGCCACAGGCCACAGGCAGGCUGCCCGACUCCAAAAUGGCGCCCGCAGCGGCUGCCAGCUGCCAAGAUGGCGGCGCGGGGCCGCGCGCGCGCUCCCGGGCUCCCCUCCCCCAGCCUUUUCCCGGCUGGGAGCGCGACUCGUCUCACCGUGCGCCGGUUGUCCUUCGGCCUGGGCAGGGGUCCCGGCGGCCGCAGCCCGUGCCAUGUGGCUCCUCGGCUGGUGGCAGGUCCUGUUAUGGGUGCUGGCGCCUCCUGCCCGCGGCCUGGAGGUUGCAGAGGAGAGUGGUCACUUAUGGUCAGAGGAGCAGCCUGCUCACCCUCUCCAGGUGGGGUCUGUGUACAUGAGUGAGGAGGAGCCUUCACGUGGCCCGAUGGGCCAAGACACAUCCGCAGAAGAGGCUGACGCAGUGCUGGGGCUGGACACCGAUGGUGACCACAUGGCGAUGUUGUCUGUGAUUCCCGGGGAGGCCGAGGACAAACUGAGCUCAGAGUCCAGUGGCGGAACCUGCAGGGCUGGAGGGGAGGAGGACUCGCGGUGCAGCCUUGGAGAGAGCGUCUUCUCUCUGGACAGCACUGGGGCAGGCUUUCCUGAGAGAGAAGAGGAGUAUUACACAGAGCCAGAGGGGGCGGAAUCGGACCCAGCCCCACCAGAGGACUCCAAUAACACCGAAAGUCUGAAGUCCCCAAAGGUGAACUGCGAGGAGAGAAAUGUGACGGGAUUAGAAAAUUUCACCCUGAAAAUUUUAAAUAUGUCACAGGACCUUAUGGAUUUUCUAAACCCAAAUGGUAGUGACUGCACACUAGUCCUCUUUUACACCCCUUGGUGCCGCUUUUCUGCCAGUUUGGCCCCUCAUUUUAAUUCUCUGCCCCGGGCAUUUCCAGCUCUUCAUUUUUUGGCCUUGGAUGCAUCUCAGCACAGCAGCCUUUCUACCAGGUUUGGCACUGUAGCUGUUCCUAACAUCUUGUUAUUUCAAGGAGCUAAACCAAUGGCUAGAUUUAAUCAUACAGACAGAACAUUGGAAACGCUGAAAAUCUUCAUUUUUAACCAGACAGGUAUAGAAGCCAAGAAAAAUGUGGUAGUCACUCAAGCUGAUCGAAUAGGCCCUCUUCCCAGCACUCUGAUGAAAAGUGUGGACUGGUUGCUUGUAUUUUCCUUAUUCUUUUUAAUUAGUUUUAUUAUGUAUGCUACCAUUCGAACUGAGAGUAUUCGGUGGCUGAUUCCAGGACAAGAGCAGGAACACGCGGAGCAGUGAUGGACUGAAAGGAGUUGGAAAGAGGGAUUUCAGUCCUUCAUUUCAGAAAAUACUGCAGUUUCAUGCAUUUUCUCCAGUGAAGUGUUGACUUACAACGUCAGUCAGAUUAAAAGAAUCAUGCAUUUGAACUGCUGAAUGUGUAAAAACAUUAUAAACUGGUGUUUUAACUAGUAUUGCCAUAAGCAAAUGGGAAAAUAUUCCAUAGAACUUCCCAUUCUUGUCUUUACUACUGGAACAGAAUCCGAUGUCUUAGGGGAGUCAUCCAGGUGCAAUGUGAAGAUGCGUUCUGCUGGAAUAGUGAGUAGAAUGGCAACAUACUGACUUUAUAGAAGGCAGAAAUAGGACUUCCAGAUUCUAGUUUUAGAGUACUCUGGAUUCCAUAUCUAUGUCUAAGAGGUUGGUUUUCUGUUCAUUUGCAAUUUCUCUCUCUGAGUCUGUAAGCAGGAAAGUGUUCUGUUGUGGGAAGAAUAACUAGAAUUGAUAAAUGUGACCUUACAAGUAGCAACUGAUGGGAAAAUAAAAAAGUCAAAUACUU